AUGGACGGGCCGGGUACCAUCACGUGGGAGGAGUUCGUGGCGAACGCCGAGGAGCUCCUGGAAUUAUCCGAGGAGAUCUCGGAUCGCUGGGAAUUUCCAGGAGACAAGAACUGUCCCGGUCAAGCGUAUCUGAAGCGCCAAGAGAAAACCCUCGUCUCGAUAGACUACCCGAUAGACGAGCCGCAGGAAGAUGUCGACGAUUGGACCGGCAGUCGAGACCCGUUCGAGGCCUCCGGCGAUCAGAAGAGGCCCCUGAUUCUGGAGCACCACGUUCUCUGGUCCAUGAGCUACAGCGUUCCGGUGAUUUACUUCAACGGCUGGAAGUCCGAUUUUCCGGGAAUCAAUCCAGUGAGCGUGGAGCUGGCGCAGCGAUUGAACAGCGAGAGGCUGGGCUACGGUGAGCUGUCCCAGGCCAUGCAUCCGCUGCUCGCUCGGCCCUUCCUCCACCUGCAUCCCUGCGGAUCACGAGAGCUGCUGCAGCUGACCGGCAAGAGCGCGAACUCGCUCGUCAGCUGGCUGAGUCUGGUGGCACCCGUUGCGCUGAACCUCAGAAUGCGGCCCGAGUACUUUCGGCUGACCCUCAGCGCGGAGCAGAUGGAGAAGGACGAGGCGGAGGAGUGA